UUUCACAGCACCAGUGUUUUCUAUGUCUUCUUGUCCACGAUGCACUUUAGGAUUUCAAUAAGAUGCGUGUGUGUUUCCAGAUAAUCAGUUUCUUCCUCGCCGUAAACUUUUACUGCCAGCCGCUCCGCGCUCAGGAUCCCUCCUGCUGCCACCAUGCUGCCGAGUUCUCCCCCUGCAAAGAAGCUUGUGACCAGCUCGCCACUAUAAAGAGUGAGUCUCGUCUGAAGCAUCUCCUCCAGAGGUUACCCAGCUACUGCCCCGAGCUCAUGAAUGAACUUUGGACGUGCAUCAACUCUACACUUCCAGGAGUAUCCAGGAAGUCAGACGGCUGGGUGGGGCUGGGCUGCUGCGAGCUGGCGAUCUCGGCCGAGUGUCGCAGGGAGUGCAGACAGGCUUCAUCUAAAAAUGACAUAACUAAAGUAUGCAAAAAAGUCACAGAGAACUCUCUCUACAGCUGUAUCACCAAAAAUGAAAUGGGCUCCACAUGCUGCAGCUAUGCAGGGCGUCACACCACCUGCAGGGAGUACUGCCAGGCCAUCUUCAGGACGGACUCCACCCCCACCGUGUCCCAGAUCAACGCCGUCAAAGAGUACUGUCAGAGUCACAGCCCCCAGCUGCUCGGCUGCGUCAGCAACUUCACCAAGUCCUACCCCAUCCGCAGCCCCAUAGACAGUUUGCACUGCUGCGACCGGGCGGAGGCGACUCACUGUCAGGUGGCCUGCCGGAGGAUCCUGCGCACCAUGAGCACAGAGCAUGAGAUCAUGGAGGGUCUGAUCGAGGAGUGCGGCUCGCAGCCUCUCCCUCAGGAGCCCAUGUGGCAGUGUUUUCUGGGCAGCGCACACCCCCCCUCCCCACCUGAAGAGGAGACCCCUCAUCCCGCCAAGAUGGACUGUGCCAAGCUGCACUGCUGCUCCAAGGCGAACACCUCCCUCUGCAGGGACAUGUGUCAGGAGAUCAGCACUAACUGGGGCAGCCAGACAUGGCAGGACUUCGACCAGCUCUGCGAGUACAACCCGGUGGAGACUGAGCUCAUCAACUGCCUGGCUGACGUCAGAGAGCCUUGUCAGCUGGGCUGCAAGGAGCUCGGCUACUGCACCAACUUCAACAACAGGCCCACAGAGCUGUUCCGCAGCUGUAACGUGCAGUCGGACCAGGGCGCCAUGAACGACAUGAAGCUGUGGUCCAACGGGACGAUCAAGAUGCCCUUCAUGAACAUCCCCGUGCUGGACAUCAGGAAGUGUCUGCCCGACAUGUGGAAGGCCGUGGCCUGCUCGCUGCAGAUCAAACCCUGCCACAGCAAGUCCAGAGGCAGCGUCAUCUGCAAGUCAGACUGCAUGGACAUCCUGACUCAGUGUGGGGACAAGAAACGUUUCCAUGAAGGACAAACUCCCGAGAGGAUCUGUGAGCUGCUGUCGCCCGUGGACGACCCUGAACGCUGCAUCCCGCUGCACAGAUACCUCACCCCCAGUUCCCUUGGCAACAGCAUCGUGGAGGAGGUGAUCCAUCCCUGCAACCCGAACCCCUGCCCCAGCAACCACGUGUGUCAGGUGAACAGGAGGGGCUGCCUGGAUGACCUCCACUGUCAGCCCUACAUCUGUGUGCCAGGCUGUAAACUGGGCGAGGCCUCAGAGUUCCUGGUGCAGCAGGACUCUCGUAUUCAGGUUCCGACCCGCUCUGGUCCCUCCGGCUGCCACGAGGUCUGCAGCUGUGGUGUCAGCGGGCGUCUGGAGAACUGUGUGGAGAUGCCCUGUGUGGACACCGACAAGCCCUGCAGCGUGGCAGGACAGAGAAAGAGCCACGGGACGUCUUUCAGGAUGGACUGCCACGUCUGCUCCUGCUUCGCUGGGGACACCAUCUGCUCCAAGAGACAGUGUCUGGGCUUGAACAGCUCCGAGGAGGACCGCAGGCGCUUCACAGGCCUCCCCUGCAGCUGUCCGUACCACUUCAUCCCGGUGUGUGCCUCCAACGGCCGGACCUACCCCAGUGCCUGCGUGGCGCGCUGCAUGGGCUUCAAGGACCAGCAGUUUGUGUUCGGCGUGUGCCGCCUCACUCUGCCCUGCAGCAGCAAACUCUGCCAGAGGAACCAGAGGUGCAUCCCAAAGUACCGUGUGUGUCUGAGCGACGCGUCGGACUGCCUGCAGUACGAGUGCGUGGGCCGGCCCCCAGCCUGCGAUAAGAGCAGUGUGGAGCCGGCCUGCGACACCGACGGCCUUGUCUACCCCAGUGUGUGUCAGCUGCAGCAGGCCGGGAAAAAUCUGGCCUACAUGGGCCACUGCCAGGAUGCCUGCAAGAAGCCUCAGCAGGUUUGUGGACAUAACGGUGAGACCUACAGCACAGUGUGCGACGCCUUCUCCGACCGUGUGGCCGUGGACUACGAGGGCUCAUGCAUCGCUGUGGGCGUGUCUGACGGGGGCCCUGACUCUGCGUGCAGCGAGAUCUCCUGCCCACCUUUGUCCACUGCAGGCUGCAAGCCCAUCACCCCCCCUGGAGCCUGUUGUCCGAUAUGUGCUGCCAUGCUGCAGAUCCUCUGGAACAAAGAGCAGAUGAACACUUUCUCUAAGCUGAAUAAGAACCAGCCGGUGACAGUCCGUGACGUCCUGCUGAUCCUGCGGCUUCACGUCUCCGUGCCACAGUGCGACGUCUUUGGAUACCUGAGCAUCAACCACGAGCUGGUGGUCCUCAUCGCUCCGGUGGACCAGCAGCCAACACCACUGCAGAUCGAAGCCUGCAGUAUGGAGGCAGAGAAGAUCUAUUCCCUCAUCAACUAUGCGAGCCCCACGCUGGUCUCACACGUGCCGCUCUCUGCCUUCCUCUCGUCUGAGAUCCAGACCUCCUCCAUCCACUCGUCCGGGGGCGCUCCGCCCUCCCCUCUGCCCCCGGGGCUGAGCCUCCUCCUGGGCCUGCUCGUCGCUGCGGGCCCUGUCCUCCAGCAGCUCUGAGGCCUGAACAUUGUUCUCCUCGCUCCUGAAAGUCUUCCUGGGAUGUGAUGAGGUGAGUGACGUUCCGGUCGUGGAGCAGGAACUUUUUCGACAAUCAUUCCUAUCGACUCACCUGCGUGUCAAACAAUCAAGACGGUGGAAAAGCUUUUAUUGUGGAGAGCUUUUUAUACGAACAGUAUUAUUCAGUGGAUGAGUUACUCACUGGGUUUCCCCCCAGCGAAGUGUGUGUGUGUGUGUGUGUG